AAUCUAAGUACGAUAUGUUAUUUUGAUGUAAUAUUAUAUGUUAUAACUCAUAUGUUAGAUAAGAUUUGAUAUAAUUUAUAAGGAAAAGUACAAUAUAAUGACUCUUUUCAUAUUUCCGGACCAAACUGGGUUAAAACGGUUGACCCAUUAACCCUUGACCCACUAGCUCGACCGGGUCCGGGUCAACUCGCGGGUUGACAACCUUGAUGCCAGGCCUGCUCUAGAUUUUUUUUUUAAUAAAAGAUCCUGUAUUAUUUGAUUUAUUUCAUUAGUGUGAAGAAAUACAAGAAUCAGAAACUAGUUGGUCUAAUCAAGACUUUGGAAAGGAAUUGUGGAUAUAUGGCCGUCCAUAAAAGAAAGGAUUGUCUGGGACGUGCGGGAAGGCUGCAAUGUCCAGUUUUGGAAUGAUCUAUGGUUGGCGAGGGAGACUAUUUUGCGAGAGCAUGUCUUGAGCAAUGGAGAUAAUAUCAAUUGGAAUGCGACAGUGGCUGAAAUGACCACGAGUGAAGGUGAGUGGUCGUGGACAGAUAUAAAACCUCAUCUAACUCGGAAUAUGAUUGCUUUGAUUGCAGGAACUGACCCGUCGAUUGCUGGUUCGGGCGAAGAUAUCACAGUUUGGGGAAUGGAACCGGACGGCAAGUUCAAGCUCCGAUCCGCCUACUUGGUAGCUGCAGAAUGGCUAAGAGGAGAAGCAAUUGAAGAGGCGAAUGCAGAAAACAAAAGUCAAUGGAAAUGCCUUUGGAAAUGGCCUGGUCCUAACCGGAUUAAACACUUUUUAUGGCUUGCUUUGCAUGACAGGCUGAUGACAAACGCGGAGCGGAAAAGAAGGAAGUUGACAAGCAAUGACUCUUGUGCAGAGCAUAUAAUGCGCCACUGCCCGAGCUCCCAACAAGUAUGGAGGCUACUGGGUAUUCAGGAUAAUAUAGCGGUUUGGGAUUUGCAGGCUGGUUGGAAGUACACCUAAGGAAGGAGGAGGGUCUUCUAUUUGGAGCAUGGUUCAAGAAAUCGUACCGGACAUCAAACCGGAUUUUUUUAGGGUAUUUUGUGGUACAACCGUGGUUCAAUUGUUUCAUACCGGUAAAUAUCGUUUUUGUAAUAAUAAUAUUUAUUUUUUGUCAAAAAACCGUGCCGGCAAAAUAAAGCUACCGUUUCGGAGUAAUACCGGACUAUACCGGAAAUACCGAAGAAUAAAUACUAAAUACUCAU